CGACGACGCGACGAGGUCGCCAUGGACGCCAAGAUCGACGCGCUCGUCAUGCGGCUGCACGAGAUCGAAGCGGUGAAGUUUGGGGAGUUUAAACUGAAAUCUGGGAUCAUGUCGCCGAUAUACGUCGAUCUUCGCGUGAUCGUGAGCUACCCGGACGUGCUGACGGCGGUGGCGGAGUGCAUGUGGGAGACGCUGAAGGCGAACGGGGCGACGUUUGAUAACAUGUGCGGGGUGCCGUAUACGGCGCUGCCGAUCGCGACGUGCAUGUCGUUGGCGCAUGAUUGCCCGAUGUUGAUGCGACGGAAAGAAGUGAAGGCGUAUGGGACGAAGAAACAGAUCGAGGGGGCGUUUGAGGCGGGACAAACGUGCCUGUGCGUGGAGGAUUUGGUCACGAGCGGGGCGUCGGUGAUGGAGACGGUGGAACCGCUCGAGAGCGUGGGGCUGAAGGUGAAGGACGUUGUGGUGUUGAUCGAUCGUGAACAGGGAGGGGAGGCGCGCUUAGCCUCGCACGGGCUUCGCUUGCACUCCGUCUUGCCGUUAUCUCGCGUCUUGAAGACGUUGGAAGCGGCCGGUAAAAUGAGCUCCGAACUCGUGCAGAACGUAAAGGAUUUCAUCGCGGCGAAUCAAACCAUGCCCGUCGCCGGCGCCGAAGUCAAGAAACCGACGCGAAUGUCUUACACGGCUCGCUCUGAGCUCACCGAUAACGCGUGCGCCAAGCAGUUGUUCAAGUUGAUGGAGACGAAGAAGACCAACUUGUGCGUCGCCGCCGACGUGGACACGGCGAAGGAACUUUUGGAGAUGGCUGAAAUUCUCGGUCCGGAAAUCUGCAUGCUCAAGACGCACUGCGACCUCUACCCUGACUUCACCGAGUCCUUCGGCGCCCAACUGAUGGCCAUUGCGGAAAAGCACAACUUUAUGAUUUUCGAAGAUCGCAAGUUUGCCGACAUCGGUAACACCGUGGUCGGGCAGUACAGCAGCGGUGUGCAUAAGAUUGCGGACUGGAGUCACAUCACGAACGCGCACAUCGUCCCGGGGAGCGGCAUCAUCGACGGCUUGAAGUCCGUCGGUCUUUCCAAGGGUCGCGGUUUGCUCCUUCUCGCGGAGAUGAGCUCCAAGGGCACGAUGGCCAAGGGUGAGUACACCGAAGCCGCGAUCGGUAUGGCUGCCCAACACCCCGACUUUGUCAUGGGUUUCAUCUCCACCAACCCGAAGGCGUGGAAGGCGGAGUGGAGCAAGGGUCUCAUCAACAUGACUCCGGGAGUGCAACUUCAGGUGGGCGGCGACGCCAUGGGCCAGCAGUACAACACCCCGCAUAAUGUUAUCGUGGAAAACGGAAGCGAUGUUAUCAUCGUCGGUCGCGGCAUUUACAAGGCAUCCGACCCUGCCGCCGCCGCGAAGGAGUACCGCGCGGCUGGUUGGGAAGCCUAUCAGACGUCCAUCGCUUAA